AUGUCGUCACCACUGAGCUACGUUCCCUUGGGGGGCUUGAUCAUCACUCAGAAGGAUAGCGAACUCACAGAUGAUGAGUGGGGGAAGUUGCAGAACAGGUUCGGCAACUGGACAUGCAUUUCACCGGCUCUCCCAGCCGUCGGUGGCAGCUCCGCCGAGCUGUUCGACCAAACCGACAACCUUUUCCUGAAAUCGGCAUCCUUCAAGCAUUACAGAGCGCUUGUCGCCGAGAAAUGGAUUCGCGUGGAGUUCAGGAUCAACCCCGAUGAUGGAAAGGCUGGCGUCGCAAGAAUCUACGUUUUGCCCGACGAUGUUGAUAAUCGAUUCAUUGAUCGAGCCCGUAGCAAGUUACACAAGUCUCGCAAGUCCCUCAUCUCCCUGUUAGACCUUACACCAGAGACUUGGUCCGGCAAGCCAUCUGCAAAGCGUUUGUCUUUAGACUACGUGUUCGAAGAGGAAGUUGACCACGACGAUGAAUCGGUUUCCCUUCUUCAACUCUUCAACACCAUCCCCUCUCCCGACCCCGCCCCGGAGACGAUUGCCAACCCUACCGACCAAGAAGCUGCCUACAGCGUAUUGGAUGGCGAUCUCCCCGGCCUGAAGAAGACCUCUGUCCUGUACGAUUAUCAGCGGCGCUCGGCUGCAGUCAUGAUUCAACGCGAGAGCCAGCCUGGUCGGGUCAUCGACCCGAGACUUAUCAGGGGAACCGACCAGGCCGGCGCGACUUUCUACUACGAUCUCAGUGCCGGCGUCCUUUUGAAAGAGCCUAGGUUUUACGAGGGCGUCAGGGGCGGAAUCUUAGCUGAACAAAUGGGCUCUGGCAAGACGCUCAUAUGCCUUGCCGUCAUUCUUGCCUCCAGACAUUCGGGCACCCGCACGCCCGAACUACAUCAGGGCAGCGACGUUCGCGUGAGAAGGCGUAUCGGGUCACUCGCAGACAUGGCUGCAUCCACUGCUACCAGCAGAUCGGCCGCUUGGAAAUCCUUCUUCAACAUAUACGAGCCGAAAGAAGCAGUGUAUUCCAAGUGCAUUGAUGCUAUCAGGCGCAAUCCCGGCUUCUACCACGUUCCUAAUCGCCCACCUAGACGUCUCAGACGUCGCGGCCCUCCGGUGGAACGGCCACCCAAGAGGAUUUGGCACAGCCAUGCGUCGCUCGUGAUUGUCCCUAAUAACCUGGUGCGGCAGUGGGUUCAGGAGAUCGAGAAGCACACCGUUGGCCCCGACAGCCCGGCCGGUCUGAAGGUUCUGCAGCUCACCAGCCACAACGAGAAGAUCCCCGAACCUAAAGUACUAUCCACAUACGAUAUAGUCCUCGUCACCAAUUCACGGCUAGACAGGAUCUGGAGAGAGACAAUGAUGCUUGACUGCCCUUUGUCAGAGGUUCAUUUCAAGAGAUGCAUCGUCGACGAAGGUCACAAGCUGGGCUACGCCAGGAUUGCAAACAAGAGCAAUGUUCUUCUGGCCAUCGACGCCAUGUAUUUCUCUGCUCGCUGGAUCGUGACCGGUACACCCGCCACCGGGCUGUUCGGUGUAGACGAUCGACAAUUCGCCAACGCCACUGCUGGCGCACCUGAAAGUGCCAACAAGGCAGCGGCCUUGGCUGAGGCGGAGAAGGGUGAUCUUGAGAAGAUUGGAGCGAUAGUAUCGCUGUAUCUGAAUGCUCGACCUUGGUCCAAUUCCGUACAUGAGACGGCAGACACGCCGGCGGACUGGGCCGUCUACGUGAUGCAGCCGCAGCACAGCUCCCGAAGCAACGGUCGCAAGGGCGUUCUCCGGGCCACGUUGAACUCGCUACUCAUCAGACACCGGUUGUCUGAGCUCAACACGUUACUUCCGUCGGUCAACGAGAAAGUCGUUGUGCUGGAUGGAUCUUACCAGGAUAAGCUGUCGCUCAACAUCUUUUCGAUGAUGAUCAUCUUCAACGCUGUCCAGUCCCAGAGAGUCGACCGAGACUACUUCUUCGACCCGCAUCAGCGGAAAGCCCUGCUUCAGCUGGUUCACAACUUGAAACAAGCUAGUUUUUUUGGUGGCUCCUUCUUCACUAGAGAUGAAAUCAAGAAGUCACUCGAGACUGCGCAACAGUUUGUCGAAGAGAAGAAGGUAUUCAUCAGCGAGGAGGACGAGGCUUUGCUCAAACAGACCAUGGAAGUCGCUCACAUUGCCAUCAACAACCAGCUGAAAGAGUUCAGCAACAAGUUCAACGAGGUACCCAUCUUCAUCCGAGACUUUCUGCCCAAUGGCGUUGGCUCAGCCUGGUCCCUGGAUGACAGAAAGACGAACCCUACCUGCACCGAUGCGGGCAUGGUGCUUGCUGCACAGAAGCUGAUCGCUUCUUCUCGGAGCGACACUGCAAAGCUGAACAGCCUCUUGAAUGGAAAGCUGGAGGAAGAGGGCCGCAAGGAACAAGCCGGACAAAUCACAUCCGUAGCAGAGGUUACCAAGGCCGACUCGAGACCAUCGAAGCAUGCAGGUGUCCUGGCAGGUAACACGGGAUUGGGAGGCGAGAGAGUCCCUCGCCAUCUCCGGGCGAGCGUCUUGCAGAAACCAGGCCAGUCUCCUCCCGAGCAGGACCUUCCGGACGACUUGAAGAAAGCGAAGCUCGUCUCCACCGUGUCUGCCAAACUCUCCUACCUGAUCGAUGCCAUCGUUGAGCACCAGGAGCGGGAGAAACUCAUCAUCUUUUAUGAAAACGAGAACGUGGCGUGGUACCUGGCGGGUAUACUUGAAGUGAUCCAUGUGCGCCAUUUUAUUUAUGCCAAGAAGCUCUCGUACGAGCGGAAGAUGUCUUAUAUCAAUACGUUCAACAAUGAUCCCGAGCUCCGUGUCAUCCUCAUGGACUUGACGCAGGCAGCUGUCGGUCUCGACAUGAAGGCGGCCUCGAGAAUCUACUUCAUCAACCCUGUUCUAAACCCGCAGAUUCAGGCGCAGGCCAUCGGCCGAGCCCGGCGUAUCAGCCAGCAGAAACCUGUUACCGUCGAGACGCUCGUCCUGCGGGGUAGCAUUGAGGAAGUGAUUGUGGAGCGCAAGAAGAGCAUGUCCCAGAUCGAGCACUGGAAGUGCAAGUCCAUCCUGGACGAUCGUCCCAUCUACAACUGGAUCCGGAAUGCUAGCAUCAUCCCUCUUGCAAAGGACCGGAACGAGUACCUAGCAGAGACAGUCCCUCUGAGCCAUCCUCAGCCGAUUUUCGGGGGCAAAUUCGGUGGAGUUGAGCAUACGGGCCAAGAUUCCGCUGUGAACGGGAAAGGAGCCGAGCCAGCGUACCAAACAUCUCCGAACGGGUUGAAGCGCUCACGCAGUCCCGAGGCUGAGGGCAACGGAGAUUCGGCCAAGUUGGAGGUUAGAUCUACCCAGCGCGUUCGCUUCACCGUAGAUGAUGAAGGUGAGAGCGCCGAGCGGCCCGCGCGUGGAGUGAGAUUUGCGGAUGAGUGA